GGAGAGGUGUGUUUACUUCUGGAGGAGCAUCGGGUUUUCGCAAAUUCUCAGGGAAAUACCCCAGAAUCCAUUGAUUUUCCACAUUGAAGAGGUUCUAGAAAGUGCUUGUCGGAAUAACUGAUAAAAGUGCGGCAGUGAAGUGAGUGGAAUCUUCGACUUUCGGGAAUUUUUCUGAGGGAUGGGCAUCACUAAACAGUAUCUCGCCUUCAAGCCCGCUGGGGCCUUCAAUAUCAUCGCGAGUUCUCGCCCAAAUACUUCCUUUGUCACAUUCAAGGGUGUCCAGGGCAGAUGCGUUGCUGUAGGAGGAGCAGAAAAACUCCUCAUUUGGGAUCUAAGGAUUGGUGAGAAAGUCCUCGAGAUCACUAAUGAGAAGCACGAAGUUACAGUGCUUCGGCCCAGUCCGGAUAAUCUUCACAUCGCCGUGGGAUAUGCCGAUGGCUCAGUUCAGAUCUUCGAGAUGGACUCCCGGCAGUCCGUGGGUUCUUUCGUGGUUCACAGAAGUGCUGUGAGUUGUCUGCGAUACGACACAACGGGAAUGAAGCUUCUGACUGGAGGAUUGGACACAGAUCUUGUGGUUCUGGACAUUGUGGCUGAGGCGGGAUUGUGUCGUUUGAGUGGCCAUCGAGGCCCAAUAUCUGAUGCUCACUUCCUGGACGCCUCAGGCAGGAUUGUGGUGUCUUGUUCGAAGGACACUCACAUAAAAUUCUGGGACAUUGAGACGCAGAAUUGCUUCAAGACUCUGGUUGAUCACACGACAGAAGUCUGGGGACUGGCGAUCCUCCGUGGAGGCUUUCUCAUCAGUGGAUCAUCCGAGCCAACUCUCAACGUGUACCGCGUGACUCCGAAUACGCCCGAAGAGACGAUAAAUGAGAGCGAAGCCAUGAAUCCCAUUCAGGUGAAACUCCUGGGUGUGAUUCCGCGAGCAGGAAAGGGCCGAACUGUGACUCUGGCGAGUGAUCAGGAGGGCAGUGUGUUGGCCUGCCAUGGAACAGAUAAUCAAGUGGAGUUAUUCUACUUUUGCAGUCCAGCUGAAGCACUCAAGCGUCUCUCGAAGCGCCUCAAGAAGCUCUCAAUGGACGCUGGUCAGGAGAAGAACGAAGUGAGUCUGUUUGACGAAGUCAAGAAACUGCCCAGCAUCAGGACACAGUGCAAAAUCCGCGGAUUGGAUCUUCUGAUGGGCGUGAAUGGCGAGUUGAGAAUCGUUGUGAGCUCAGCGAGUAAUUUUAUUCGACUGUUUUCAGUGAAUGUCAAACAGAAGAACACCGAAGCACAGGAGAUUCGCUCACUGACUCACAUUGGCCAUCACACAGAGAUCAGGAGUGUGGCCUUCAGUUCUGACAGUCUGGCCAUUGCCACAGGAAGCGGUGACACGCUGAAAGUAUGGAGUCAGGAGUCUCUGAAGUGCAUCCGAACGGUGGAAACUGGGGCCAUUCUGUGCUGUCUCUUCGUACCGGGAGAUCGCCACGUGCUGCUGGGAUUGAAGAGUGGAGAGCUGAUGAUUGUCAACAUUGUUGUGGGAACGAUAGUGGAGACAAUUCCUGCCCAUGAGAAGGAAUUGUGGUCGAUCUGCUCGAUGCCAGACUUGAAGGGCUGUGUGUCUGCCGGAGGCGACAAAACGGUCAAGAUGUGGAGUUACGAGUUGAUUCAGGAUCCAGAGAGUAAAUCGCAGGUUCUCUCACUGAUGCACAGAAACACUCUGAAGCUGGAAGAGGCAAUAAUGUGCGUGAGAAUAUCUCCGGACAACAAAUUCAUCGCUUGCGCCCUUCUAGAUUCCACCGUGAAGAUCUUCUUCCGAGACACGCUCAAGUUCUACUUAUCUCUAUAUGGCCACAAAUUGCCUGUGACUUCGAUGGACAUCUCACACGAUUCAAGCCUAAUUGUGACGGGAUCAGGAGACAGGAAUGUGAAGGUGUGGGGAAUGGACUUUGGCGACUGCCACAAAUCCCUCUUCGCUCACGACGACAGCGUCCUGGCAGUGCAGUUCAUUCCACAGACGCACAUGUUCUUCUCCUGUGGCAAAGAUGGGAAGAUCAAGGAAUGGGACGCGGACACUUUCGAGAGGAUCUCCACGCUUUCUGGUCACCACGUGGGAGAGGCGAACGCUCUGGCUGUGAGUCCCAAUGGGAUGUUCGUGGUCACGGCGGGAACUGAUCGCGUGGUGAGACUAUUUGAGAAGACAGACGAGCCCAUCGUCCUGGAGGAUGCUCAAGAGGAGGAAAGGGAGGAGAUCGAGAACAGAAUCUUGGCCACUGGAGACGAGUCUACUGUUCCAGGAAUGCCAGGCCUCAAGCUACCCUCUAAGAAGACCGUGGGUGCGGAAAAGGGAGCGGAAUCCAUUCUCGAGUGCCUGGAAAUUGGUGGCCAAUUUGAUGUCAGCGAGGACAAGGAACUGCAUCCUCUCAUGAAGGCUUUCGACGUUGCGACCUCUUCAGACUUCCUCCUUGUCACACUGUCUCACAUCCGACCCAGUGACCUUGAGGAGUCUCUCCUGUUGCUCCCAUUCACCUCAGUUUGUGACAUCAUCCGUCGGAUUCACGUCCUGGCGGAGAAGAGAAGGGAUCAAACUGAGCUGAUUUGCAAAGUGGUGCUCUUCCUCUUCCGCAUCCACCAGAAGCCCAUCGUAGCGAAUCACGUGCUGUACCGCGAUAUCAAGAAGAUGAUCAGGAAGCUGCAGGAAGUUGUGCAAGAGCUCAGGGAUAUGAUUGGGAUGAAUUAUUACGGUCUCAGAAUGAUGCAGAGGCAAAUUGAGGAGAGCGAAGGUGUGGAGCUGUUCAAGGAAAUCACGAAGAAGCGUCAGGAGAAGGAUAAGCGACGGAAAGCGGAUAUGAUCAGGAAACGAGCUCGAAAUCCCGAGGAAGUUUAGAGAGGAAAUAAAGAAUAUUUU